UAUUUUGCACCUUGAACACCCAUAAAAUCGACAUGGAUAAACUCCUAGGAGGGCAGAUCGGCCUUGAAGACUUCAUCUUCGCCCAUGUAAAAGGUUCAAAGAAAGAAGUGGACGUGAUGAAGGCAGACGAUGCUUUGGGGUUGACCAUCACGGACAAUGGCGCGGGGGUCGCUUUUAUAAAGCGUAUUAAAGAGGACAGCAUCAUCGACAAGAUCAAAGUAAUAAAUGUCGGGGACCACAUCGAGUGCAUUAACGGGAAGAACAUCGUCGGGACGCGCCAUUACGAAGUUGCCAAGAUGCUGAAGGAGCUGGAGAAAGGCAAGACGUUCACCCUGAAGUUAAUAGAGCCCUUAAAAGCGUUCGAAAUGAUUGAGCCACGAUCAAAAGGAGGAAAACCAACAGAAAGUAAAAUCUCCACCGGACGAGAGACCCUCCGGUUGAGAUCUAAGGGUCCGGCCACCGUGGAAGAAAUGCCGACUGCAUUUGAAGAGAAGGCAAUCAAAAAAGUGGACGACCUUUUGGAGAGCUACAUGGGCAUCCGAGAUAUUGAGUUGGCUGCGACCAUGGUGGAAGCCGGACGGGACAAGAAAAAUCCAGAUGAGUUUGCGGUGGCUUUAGAUGAAGCCCUCGGGGACUUCGCUUUUCCGGAUGAGUUUGUUUUCGAUGUCUGGGGAGCGAUUGGAGACGCUAAACAAGGACGUCUUUAACCUGAAAAAACACCAACAUUUCCAAUUAAGUUUAAUUACUGCUAAACACUUGACUGAUGAUAAUUUUAUAAUAGCGUCCCGUCGGGAUAUGCCGAGGGAUCCACUGAUAUAAUGAACCAAAGCUUGUAUUUGUAUAUAGAUGAAUAGACUGCGCACUUCUGACUUGGCUGAAUGUAUCCGGCAGGAACGAGCUGUGACGACACGCUGAUGCACGCAGUUCUUAAAGGGCAUGUCCACAAUGGCGCACAUUCAGUCUACAUAAACCCCGUAUGGAUCUUGUGUGUUGAGUAGAGAACUGUGGUUAACUCGAGGCACUGGUUAUGACCACCAUGGCCAUGAUGCAAAAAUCACCCCCCCCUCCCCAGUAUUCAUGACUUUACAGUGCUUCCUCUCAUUCUAGUUAAUUCCUCCCCCCUCUUGCUGUGCCUUGUGGGCUAACACCAGGGCGCAUGUCAAGAGGGGAACCUUCUUCAGCCCUUGGUGUAGGGCAGUGAUAGGCAAACUACGGCUCUCCAGCUGUUGCAAAACUACAACUCCCAGCAUGCUCGAACAGCCUACAGCAGGCAUGUCCAAACUGCGGCCCUCCA